UAAUAAUUAGAAUUGCUAGUGUUGUUAAUUGUGAUGAAUAAUGUGAUUUUGAAUUACUCCCUCUGUUCCUAAAUACGUGUCUACGUUGGAUAUGUACACGGUAAUUAAUAAAAUUGAAUGGUGUGUAAUAGGGAAUGAUCGAGAAUGUUUUUUUUAAGAAGGAAAAAGUAGAUAAUGUUUAUUGAGUUGGUGAUUGAAAAGUGGGAAAAGUGUAGAAUGUGUAAAAAAAGGAAAUAAUGAUGUAUAGAAAAGUGGGAAAAGUGUAUAGAAAAGUGGGAAAAGUGUAUGUCAAAAAAUGAAAGACACAUAAAAGGGAACUCCAUAAAUGAGAACUGGACACGUAUUUAGGAACAGUAAUAAUUUAUUUGAUUAGUACUGUGUUUGGGUAAAUUAAGCUUUUGCGGUUAGGAUUUUGGGGAUUUGGGAUAAGGUUGGGGUUAUGGGGUGCUCGCUUUCCAAAAUGGGUGAUGUUGUCGUAAGUUAUACGCAUUAAAUUGAUGUUGAGGACGAUGGUCGGUAAGUGAAAUGGAGUAUGACCAUAAACGCGGUCAUAGUUUCACGAUCUUUUUAGUCCGUAACUAGUGGACAAUGGAAUACGGAACACACCAUUUACAAUAAGUAGAUAAAUUGAGGUUGACAUGAGCAGUUGAGGGUCUCUUACUCCUUAAUCAAGGUUUCGGUUUCAAGCCUUGGUAAAAAAUCUCGACUGGGGAAUGCUGCCUAUCGAGGUAUCCAUGUAAACUCUCGCGGGAGAUUAGUCUACUCGUCCAAGGCGGUGAGAACUCCUCGUAGUUGAACAAAAAAACAAUUAGUAGAUAGCACGAGACACACCGAGACACGUUAGUGUGUGUUUCAAUCUUCAGAUACAAUUGGAACCACUUUGUUAUAGGAAAGCACAUCAAACCGGACAAAAUAAGUACAGUUAGUCAUAAAUAAGAUAUAGUGACUUGUGGGAUGAUAAAAUAAAACCCGUGAUUAAGGAAUCGGGCUAUAGGCCGAGUCUAACAAAUCUUAGCCACACCUGCCCGAGUCUAACAAAUCUUAGCCACACCUGCCUGUGAUGGUGGCCGGCGAUAAUAGUGGCCGGCGGUGGUCAGAUUUGUGGUGGAAAGGUAAAAGGUAAAGAAGGUAAAUGAGGAAGGUAAAUGUUGAAAUGAGAGAGGUAAUAUAGGAGAGUAUAUGGGUAAGUAAAUGAGGUGAUUUGGCUAAUAUAGGGUGGUAAAUAUUAAGCCCCUUAAUUAAUUAAUUAAUUGGCAGAAAACGGACAUUAGAAAUUAAUGGAGCCAUCAUUAUCCCAAUCAAAAUCGGAGCGUCUGUAUACGAGCCGUUUACCAUCCAACAGCCCACAUUCAAAUAGGAGCGGACUUAUAACGUUUGAAUCUCUAUCUCUCCAACGGUCAUAAAUAUAAAUCUCUGCGCAAAUCCUAUCUUCGUCUUCAAGAUUUCUCUCCACUUCCUCCUCUCUAAAACUCCAUUUCAUCACAGCACACAAUUUCAAGAAUCACAUCUAAUUCACAUCUCUCUUUCCUUCUCUCUCUUAUCUUCUCUUUGUAAAUUUCCGAAUCCGAAAGCGAAAAUGAGUGUUUUACAGCAAUACCCAGAAACAAUGAACUCAAAGGAUCUCCAAAUAUGGAAUAAUGCAGCAUUUGAUAAUGGGGAAUCAGAAAAUUCUACAAAUGUUAAGUUUUCUUGGUCUGGUAUGAAUCAAUUAUCAUCAGUGAAUCUUUCUCAAUCUAUAGGAUCCGAUUCAACAAAAGAGAAUCGGACCCCUUCAAUGGCGGAAUCCCCUGUUUCUCUGAAGUCGUUGUCAUCUAUGAAGCCUCUUCAAGAUAACACGGUAAUUGGGAAUGCCCAGAAAAACCCCAUUUGUAAGAUGGGUGUUUUGGAGAAGGGAAAUCUUCUUGAGGAAAGGGAAAUCGAUAUAGAUGUCGAGAUUGAAGAGAUUGAGAAGGAGAUAAAUCGUUUGUCGUCGAGGUUAGAAUCGCUUCGACUUGAAAAGGCAAAGAGAAAUGCGAAAAUAAUGGAGAAAAGAGGCAGAAUUGUAGCGGCUAAGUUCAUGGAACCGCCAAAGCAGAGUACCAGAAUCUCUAAUGAAUUGAAUAAGAUUGAAGAAUCAAUGAGUUUGAGUGCAAAAUUGAAGACACCCAGAAGGGGAUUAAGUAUGGGACCGGCAGAGAUAAUGAGAAGUGUGAGAAGGGGCAUAAGUCUUGGCCCGGCAGAGAUUUACUCGGCAACGAAAUUAAAGCAAUUGGGUAAGCAAGACAUCACUACGCCUGUUCAGCAGAGCGCAAACAGGCGAAAAUCAUGUUAUUGGAAGCUACAUGAUGUUGAUGAGUUAAGAGUAACUAAAGAGAGAGGAAAAAGCAUGAGCCUUAGUCCAAAAGGUCGAUCGAAAACCGCUCUGAAAGCACAAGUGCCGAAACCAGCUGCAACUACCAUUGGGUCUAAGAAGACAGCAAAGAAAGAAGAUACUGUUAUUUCUACAAUUCAACCCAAGAAGCUUUUUGCUAAAGAUGGUGAGAAAUCGGCUCCGGCUAAGAAGCCAGUGAAGAGUGGUAGAGUGGUUCCUAGUAGGUAUAACCAGUUGUCAAAUGGAGGAAAUUCAGCGCUGAAAGAACUUAGAAAGAGGUCAUUGUCUGAAAAUGAGGAGGAUUUUAAGAGGUCUGAUAAGAAAAGGGUUUCUUUAACUGAUAAACCUCAAGGAGGAGAGCAAUUAGCAACUGUUGAAAGUAAGGUGAAAAGGCGGUGGGAAAUUCCAGGUGAAGUGGUAAUUCAAAAAAGUGUUGAUCAUAAUAAGACUCCUUCAUCCGUGACUACAGUGCUUGAUUUUGUUCCGAAAUUAAAGAAUUUGCGUUGCCAAAAUGUGAGUCCUAGAGAUUCAGGCCCAGCAAAAAGGGUAGCUGAAUUAGUUGGGAGGAAAUCCUUCUUCAGUGUUGCGGAUGUGGUUGCUGAGGAAGUUGAGGAAUCUGUUUGUCAGGCAUUGAGUUUUGCAGAAGAACAAGUCAUGGAAGAGUAUCCGAAAAUCAAGAUUCUUCGACACAUUGAUCAGAGUCCUCGGGAUUCAGGUGCCGCGAAAAGAGUUUCUCAGUUAGUUGGAAGGAAGUCAUUCUUCCAUCAGGAUGAAGAUGAGAUGCCUGUGUUUAGUUUCGAAGAGGAUGAUGAUGAAGAACAUUGAAUCACAGAGAACUAGAGAUGGGGUUUUCCCUUUCUAAUCACUUUCUUUGAAUUUAAUGUCUAUGUUGAUAUAUAAGCUUGAAAUGAUAUGCCUACCUCUACUGAAUUUUACUUGUCUACUUUAUAAUAUAGUUUGCCUUCUUUUGGGUUAUAAGAUAUUAGAAUGAUAUGAAUAGUAUUGUGUGAUUUUUGGUCUAAUAAACGGUUUCUGUUAGUGAAGUGAGCCGAUAAACUGUUGGUUUACGUCACUUGGUUAAUUGAUUGGUUCAAAUUCUCUA